AGGUGAGUGAGUAAUUCUGUCACCAGUGAGCUGCAUCCCCUUCCUGAACUCAGCUGCCAGCCCACAUCUCAAGCAUCUUAGCAUCGGGGACCAACACUUCACAAUUUCCCCCAUCAGAGGGAGGUGAGAUUGCCUGUACCACUUGGAUCUUCUUCUGUUACCUGGAAGGGGGCCCUCGCCGCUGACAAUGGCAGAUUUCUCAGUAUUUCUGGGAUUUCUGAAGCAAGUACCUUGGUGCCACAACAUCUUCUUCUCCUGCCUUCUCUUCCUUCAGCUGUGGGAGGUCAACUCAGAUGAGCUCUGGGUGCUGGGCCCUGAAGAGUCCAUUUUGGCCCGCGUCGGGGAAGCGGUGGAGUUCCCAUGUCGCUUAUCAUCAUAUCAGGACGCAGAACACAUGGAAAUCCGCUGGUUCCGGACUCAGGUCUCCAACGUGGUGUACCUGUACCAGGAGCCGCAGGGGCGCUCCAGCCAGCAGAUGGCGCAGUUCCGAAACAGGACCUUAUUUGAAGCUUAUGACAUCGCUGAGGGCAGCGUGAACCUGCACAUCCUUAGCGUGGUUCCCUCCGAUGAGGGCCGAUAUGGGUGCCGCUUUCUUUCUCACAACUUCUCUGGUGAAGCCAUGUGGGAGCUGGAAGUAGCAGGAUCAGGCUCAGACCCACACAUCUCCCUCAAGGGUUUCAACGAAGAAGGCAUUCAGCUGCAGUGCAGUUCCAGUGGCUGGUACCCCAAGCCAAAAGUUGAGUGGAGAGGCCACCAGGGUCAGUGCCUUUCUCCAGAGUCUGAAGCCAUCACCCAGAAUGCCCAGGGUCUGUUCAGUCUGGAGACAUCUGUGAUUGUCCGAGGAGGGGCUCACAGCAAUGUGUCUUGUAUAAUCCAGAACCCCUUGCUGCCCCAGAAGAAAGAGUUCGUGAUCCAGAUUGCAGAUGUGUUCCUACCCAGAACGUCCCCCUGGAAGAAAGCGUUUGUGGGAACCCUGGUGGUCCUGCCGCUCAGUCUGAUUGGGCUCACCGUGCUGGCGCUGCGGUAUUUUUACAAGCAGCGGCGCUUCCAAGACAAACGGCUGAAGCAGGGAGAGAAGGUACGAGAGAAACUUCAGACAGAGCUUGACUGGAGAAGGUCCGAAGGCCAGGCUGAGUGGAGAGCAGCCCAGCAGUAUGCAGUGGACGUGACUUUAGAUCCUGCCACAGCACACCCUAGCCUGGAGGUCUCCAAGGACCGCAAGAGAGUGUCCUCCCGCCUGGGGGUGCCCAGUACCGUAGCAGGCGACCCGCGGCGGUUCUCGGAGCAGACCUGUGUGCUAAGCCUGGAGCGCUUCUCCAGCGGCCGCCACUACUGGGAGGUGCACGUGGGUCGGCGCAGCCGCUGGUUCCUGGGCGCCUGUCUGGAGUCGGUAGAGCGCUCUGGACCCGGGCGCCUGAGCCCGAUGGCCGGCUACUGGGUGAUGGGGCUGUGGAACCGCUGCGAGUACUUCGUGCUGGACCCGCAUCGCGUGGCACUGGCGCUACGAGUGCCUCCCCGGAGGGUGGGAGUUCUGCUGGACUAUGAGGCCGGGAAGCUGUCCUUCUUCAACGUGUCCGAUGGCUCGCACAUCUUCAGCUUCACCGACACUUUCUCCGGGGCACUCUGUGCCUACUUCAGGCCCCGAGCCCACGAUGGCAGCGAACACCCAGAUCCUAUGACCAUCUGCCCUUUGCCAGUUAGAGGGCCACAGGUCCUUGAAGAGAACGACAAUGACAACUGGCUACAGCCCUAUGAGCCCUUGGAUCCGGCCUGGCCUGGUAAUGAGGCAUUGCCGUGACCUCAAGGCCAGGUCCAAGUAUUGUCCUGAACUCCUGGACAGCGCUUUGCUCUCCUUCAGCCAAAGCAUGCAGGGGGUCAAUAGAAAGAGGACAAAGCAAGCAGCUAUACAGACACAUGUAAUAUAAUAUUCUUUAAAUAGGCAAAUGAGAGAUCGUUUGUGUAUAUAGCCCUUUACUCCAUCAUAAAACUAAACUAAUGGCUAUCGUGACUUUCUCCUCUGACAAUACAGUAGAAAAUCCUUUUUAUUUAAACUUCAAAAUAUAUUCAGAACAUGUUCA